AUGAAAAGAAAGAAAAAAAGAUCUAGAAAAGAUACUUAUUUCUUCUUAUUAUCCAAACGAAUGAAUGCUAAGGUAGUUCAUCUAAUACCAGCUAUUAAAAUGCCAAAUGAUCCAAAGAACCUUGUUUUAAAUGAAGAUGGUGAAAAGGAAUGGAAUGAAUAUGAACAAAAAAUACUUGAAGAAAAGUUAAAAAGUGAAGGAAAUAAUAUUAGUACUAUUCUGAGACUUGUAGGUCUACUAAAUGGAAGAACAAUUCAACAAAUUACUACAAGAGCAAAUUGGACAUUAUUACCAGAUUCAGAAAAAAUACCGUAUGAAAUGUAUAAGAGAAAAGAAGGGAAAAUAGAGACACAAGUUACAUUACCACCAAGUACUAUGAAAGUUUCUGAAAUUCAAAAAAAGAAAAAAUCAAAACACAGACAUUAUUCUGCUUAUGAAGGCAGUGAUAUACAAUCGAUUCAACGUCAAAGAAGAAGAUCUAUGUCACGAGACCUUUUUAAACCUGGAACAACCCUUAAAACUGGAUUAAGUCAUUCAUAUCAACCCAUUAUUAUAAACCAACAACUUGCUUGUUUAAGUUCAAAUCAUGAAAGUGGUCAAGCUUCUCCACGAGUUACAUCUGUUUCUCCAAACAUUGGGUCAAUGUCAAUAGAUAUGCAUAGUGUAUCAACAGAAAAAACUGAGAAUCAAGUUGAUUUGAGUCAAGUUAUUUCUAUUAUUCAAGAAAAUGAAAAUUAUUUAAAAAUGAUUGAAGUCUCAUUAGAAAAUAAUACUCCUAUUCAUGGAGAAGUGUUUUUAUUAUUACAACAAAAUAUGAAUAAUCUGUUAAUACUUUCUAAUUCGAUUGCUCAACCAACUCCUUUACCAUUAUUUUCUAAACAAUUGUUAUUACCUGAACAAUUAAAAGCAUUAGGAAUGAAUGACUUUAUUCAAUCCCCUUCAUAUUUAACAUUGACUCUUUAA